AUGCAGCAUGGGCUGCUGGGGCAGGAAAAACUGUUCGUCCCCGAGUCCCUAUGGCUGGGUCCUGCCAUGCCCUCUUCUCCGCUCAGUGCCCCCAGCCUGGCCGUGGGGUCCCUCAGCCCCCUCGCACGCUCCAUCGAUGAUGGCGGGGGCUGGCUCGGUGCCCUGGUGCUGCUGGGCGCCCUGUGGCUGUGCCAAGGCCUGCGGCGCCCGGGCAGCCCCCCGCACCUGCACUGCUACAGCGCCAGCGAGCUGCAGCCCGGCGAGGCCCCCGCGCACCUCCUCAGCCGCAGCCUGCGCUGGGACCACUACGUGCCCGUGCAGCUGGUGCCGCAGCUGGAGCGCCUGCAGGAGCCCCGCCGCCGCCGCCGGCACCCGGAGCGCGCCUGCCCCGCGCUGCAGCUCCGCGCCGGCCUCCGCAGCGAGCCCAACGAGCGCUCCAUCUCGCCUUGGCGCUACCGCAUCGACGAGGACGAGAACCGGUACCCGCGGAAGCUGGCCUUCGCCGAGUGCCUGUGCCGGGGCUGCGUGGACGUGAAGACGGGCCGGGAGACGACGUCGCUCAACUCGGUGGCUAUUCACCAGACCAUGAUGGUGCUGCGGCGCAAGCCCUGCCCGCACCCCGCCAGCCCCGGCCUCUUCACCUUCGAGGUGGACUACAUCAGGGUGCCCGUGGGCUGCACCUGCGUGCUGCCCCGCACCGGGCGCUGA